UAUCCAUCCAUCCAUCCAGGCAGCGCCGGCCCUCGACCACUGGAGCGUGGCCGGGGAGGCGCACAGUGUGUACCAUGAGCCGACCGACACUGCUGGUUUUGCUCCUGCUGCGUGCAAACAAUGAAGACAUACACCCACACAUGCACACCCACACCCAUACACACGCAGAGACCGAUGGACCGAGUCAGUCCGUCUUCCCUCCUCAGCCAUGGAAAAUUGCACUGUUGCAGGUCGGCCACUGUCCACUCCCACCAUACAUACCGUAUAACGUAGCGAUCGACGUGUGGAUCCGUCCAUCUCAUCCAUGGUCGCACGGGUCGUGAAGGGCACGAAAAAUGGGCCUGCGCUGCACGCAGAUAGAUAGAUGCACCACACACACGCGCGGGUCAAUGCAUCCACUCAUCUCAUGCAGCAGGCGGCGAGCAGCAGAGGCACCAACACACACACACGUACACCACCCAGCAGCACUCGACGCACGGCACCACACAUCGUGUUCGUUCGGGUCGCCGGCCCAUCGCCCGGCUAUCGCCCAUCGCUCGCGCGCCAUCCCAUCGAUGGAUGGCUUUGUUUACACCCUCCCUACAUCAACGAGGCAGCCAGCCAGCCAGGCACACAACCACUUGCACCAGACAGACUCACAGGGUGACAUGAAAAAUCACCACACACAUGCGAUGCACCACCCCCUCCCAGGCCCACGCCCACACUCACACGGCAACCGACAGAAAAACAUCAGCAUACACAUGGAUGCAGUAGGAAAGGACACGUGGCAGUCAGGCCACGCACCCACAUACACGCACCGGUACCCAUCUCUCUCGCCCUCCCUCCCUCCCUCCCUCCUGCGUCAGUCAGUUAUGCUAUGAGUACUGUGCGAGGAACUGGUCGUGGAAGUCCUUGAUGCGGUCCAACACACCUCCUAGCUUCGACUCCUGCACACACACCGUACCAUCGCCACACACACACGCCAAUGACAGUGUGACUGAGUGUCUCAGUUUGUCACACUUCUACCUACCUCAGGCAGGAUGGUCAUUCGGUAGUGCAGGCUGCCCGGCCGCUGGCCGAACCCGCUGCCAGGCACCACUAUCACACCUGCACACACAGAGAGAGAUACACACACACGAUGGAUCAGGUCAGCACGCCCCUCCCUCUCUGUCUGUCUGUCUUUCUCUCUCUCUCUCUGUGUGGGUGUGGGUGUCGCUGACUGACUGACUGACCGGUGUGUUCGAGCAGCUGCAGGCAGUAAAACAUGUCGGGCUGCUGCCCCGCCUGCCUGGCAGCCUCGAUAGCCCGCGGCGGCAGCUCUAUCCGCGGGAAGGCAUACAUAGCACCCUCAACCCGCUGCACACACAUACACGGGACACACACACACAUACGCCACCGUGCUGGCUGCAUGGAUGUCUGAGGGUGGGUGGCGGAUGACGUGUGUACCUGGCAGGAGACGCCCUUCAUUUCGUUGAGUUUGCGGUGGACGAGGAUGGCCUUCCGCUGGAGGGCGCUGAAGAUCGCACGCCGCUCGCGGGUGUACUGGUCGUACGAAGGCGAUCCCGGCUCGGGCGGCGUCAGGAUGGACGCUAUCAUGGCCUGACAGACACACGGAUGGAUGGAUGGACGGACGACACAAGGGAAGGUUGGUGUGAUGUGAUGUGAUGCGCUGUGGGUCUGUCUUUCUGUCAUUGGAUGUGCCUACCUACCUGUCCGAGUGUGUUUGCGCAGAGGCUGAUUGAGAAGAGUUUGUACAGCUGCUCGAUGACGGCCUCGUCGACGUUGUGUGCGUGGAGCAGGCCGCCCCGCACACCGCACUCGCCCGUCACGCCCUUGGAGCUCGAGUGGAACGUGAACAGCUCCAAAGGAGACGACAGAUCCGCCAACACCUGCACACACCACACCCACACACACAGACGGACAUCCGUGUGUGGCUGGCUGGAUGGGUCUUUAUGAGUGUGUGUGGUCCCCUCUCUCCCUGACCCGUCUGAACGGCACGAAGGGCUUCUCGUCGAGGUAGACGUUGUCCUGGUAGACCUCAUCGGCGAGCAGCACGAGCUUCUCCCUCUCGCAGAAUUCGACCACGUCCACCAUCUGCUGCCGGGUGAGGAUGCCGCCAGUGGGGUUGCCCGGAUUGAUGACCACCAGCGCGCGCACGCGGCCGCCCGCCUGGCGCGCCUUGUCCAACGCCCCCUGGAGCUCGCCCAUGUCCAGGCCCCACUGAUCUUCCUCCUAGCAGAUGGACAAAUGGACCGAUGGAUGACACAAGACUCGACUCGUGCGGGUGUCUGUCACUGACUUUGAGAUAGUAGCCGAUGGCGCGUCCGCCGAGUCGUGUGAUGGUGGCGGAGUAGAGGGGGUAAUGCGGGAUGGGAAUCAUGACGCCAUCGCGGCUGCUCUCGAGCAGCAGCUCCAACACCGUGCGCACCGCCGGGCUCGCACCUGCCACACACACACACACACACACACACACAGAGAGAGAGAGAGAGAGAGAGAGGGGGAUGGAGAGGUAUAGAUGCGUCGGCAUUGCAUGCAUUGGGUUGCGUGCCUUAGAGUGUGCACCGUACCGUCAGUGAGCAUGAUGUGUUCCGGGUCAGUGAGGAUGCCGUCCCUCUUGGUGAACCACCUGGCGAUGUCCUCACGCAACUGCGGGAUGCCUGCAGGCAGGCAGGCACGCAACACACACACACACAUAUCUCAUGUGUGUGGCCGGCGAUCGGUCUGUCUGUCUGUCUGUCUGUGGUGUGUGACCUUUGCUGUGGCUGUAGGCCCCGAAUGACGGGAAUGACUUCAAGUAGGACCUGGCGCGGCUCACCACAUCUGCUGGGAAGAGCCCGGGCUGGUCCAUCAAGUGGGGAUUCGUCACACACGCCAGGACCUGCAGCAAUCCGAUCGGAUCCAUCACACACAACACACAUGGGCAGGGCUGGCGAUCUGUACUCUCCCGCCCACGUCACGUCACGUCACGUGCCUGUCUGUUGAAAGCGAUGGGCUUCUGUCCGACCGCCUGUGGGUUGCCGAUGUUGGCCGGGAUGAUCUCACUGAACGGCAGGGAACCUGACAAUGCAUCAUGACACACACACGCACCGACAACAAACACGUCAUGAAUCGAGCCAUCGAAUCGCUUGCAGAUAGUUGAGUCGAUCCCUCCCCCUUUCAGUCACCAGGGUUGUCCCGCAGCUGUUUCGCCAACUCCCACGAGCGCGCCACCACCGCCCCCCUCACGGCAUACUGCACACACACGUCCACACACAGACAGACAGAUGGAUGGACCCAUUGCGUGUUUCUCCCCUGGUGGGCCCGAGGAGGGCUGACCUCGGUGUCGCGUAUCCUCUGCGGCACAUCGUCGAUGGUGAGUAUCGGCCCGCACACGCCGGCGGGGUGGCCGUCGUCCUGGGCAGGGGUCGGCGACUCCAACUCCCGCUCGUGGCUGUGGUCCGACGUCGCCUCUGACACAUGACACGCAUCCGUCGACGCGUCAGACCUGCACACACAUACACACACACACAUAUGCUGCAGGUCUAGUACACACAGCAUGUUGAUCCCUCGAGGAGGAGGACUCACUUGGUCUUGGGUCUUGCGGGUUUGGUGACCUUCAAGCCGUCCUCCGUCUUGCCAUUGGAGGCGUCGGAGUGCCCGGCGGAGGCCGGCUUGUCCACAACCAUCGAACCGAAGGUCUGACACUGACUCACAGAUGACAGCUCUCGCUUUUCCUGAGGAGCUACAAGAUGACGAGAGAAGGGUAACCAGCUUCUCUGCAGUCGCUACCCGAACUUUU